AUGGACGUCAAGCCUGGAGGUGGCGCAGGCGUCGCCGACGCAGCGGCAGAAACCGGCACCCCACGUACAUCUUCAAUAGCUGACAGCCAGGAUGCUGCGCCGCCACCAGCAAACCCGAAGCCCAAGCGUAUCCGACCGAAGCAGGUGCCGCUCGGCACCUUAAUCGGCCAACUGCAAGGCGUGCUAACGCUCAAACAGAAGCAUGUGGACGAGCUACGCUCUGUCCAUGAGCAGCUCCAGGCGCGCGCAACAACGGCGCAGACGCUGGUGCGCAACGCAGAGCAGCUCAUUCUGCUGGGGGAGCUGCUGGCGGAAAGCGGUGGUGGCGCGUCCGCGGCCACGGCCACCGCCGCCGCCGCCGCAGCCACUGCCCGCGCACAGAGCACGUCUGAUAGUUUGGAUGAGCUGCAGCAGUACAAGCAAGAGCUUGAGGCCGAGGCGGCGCCGCCCGCGCCAGGGACGGCGGGCGCCCCCGCGCUGCUGCCGCUCAACUGGAGCCCCGCUGCUGCCGCGGCGGCGUCCAAUGGCAGCGUCUCCUCUGAAGAUCUUAGGAGCCACCUGAAAUCGUAUGUGCAAUCAUGCAGCCCCCUGAUAAGCCGCGUGCGCGACGGCGCGCCGGACGCCGCGGCCUGCGCGGCUGAGCUGGAGCGGCUGCGAAGCGAGCUGCUCCAGCAGAUGGCGCUGGCCCUGGUCGCGCGCGCCCCACAGGCCACGCCCCCAGUGGAUGUUUGGCUGCGCCCACUCGACAGGCCGCCAACCCCCAGCGCCUCCGCGCGCGGCGACGAAGCCGGGGGCACAGACGAGCGCACGGGCAGCAGCGGCGGUGGCAGGCAUGGGGCCGCUCGGGACGAGGCAGGGGAGGUCGACGGACGCAGCGGCGGCGGCGGCAGCGGACGCUCUGGUGCGGCGCCGGGGCCGCCCCCGCUGGCACACUGGGUGUGGGCCGUCAAGACUGGCCUGCGCCUAGACAGCGGCCAGGAGGUGAUGGUGGACGCUCUGCUGGGAGCAUGGCGCCGUCGCAACAAACAGGCCACCCAGCUGCGCGAGGCGCUGCUGCGACAGUGCUCUGAGAGCGACCCGCGGGACAGCGCAGAGCAGCAAGAACUUCUGUUGUCCCUGGACGCGGCUCAGGAGGCGUUCCUGGUGAACUAUGCAGUGUGCAUCUUAAGCUUUUACGGCGCUGUGCUGCGCGCCGAGCAGGUGCGCGCGUGA